GGGGACGAAGUCCACUCUGUCGAUCCAGUUGAAGGAAAUGCCGAGUUUUACCCAGCAAUAUCUCUGACGUCGUCGUACAUGCACCAAGUUACCAAGGCCACGUAUUACUUCAAAAUAUUCGGUUUUCAAGAUGGUGUGGCUGUACGCUGUAGCUGCGGUGGUGGCUUUUCUUCUCCUGAAGGAGCUGAUGAGACUUCCAACUGUCGGCAAAUAUGGGGAGCGUUACGUGUUCAUCACCGGCUGCGACACCGGCUUUGGGAACCUACUGGCCAAACGACUGGACUCCCUCGGCUUCAACGUGUUUGCAGCGUGUUUCUCUGAAAGAGGAGCAGACGAACUGAGGAAAGUGUCGUCUGCCCGACUGAAGACGUUGUCCUUGGAUGUGACUAAACCUGACAGUAUUGUGAAAGCGCGUGCAACAGUAGAAAAACAACUUCCGUCAAAUAAAGGUUUGUGGGCAGUAGUUAACAACGCAGGAAUAUCAGGCGCCGUAGGUCAGAUAGAGUGGCUGAACAGGACGGACUAUGAGCGUUGUCUGUCCGUCAAUCUGUACGGUGUCAUCGACGUCACAAAAAUAUUCUUGCCGCUUGUGCGCAGAGGAAAAGGUCGUGUGGUCAACAUUUCUAGCAUGGUAGGAAGAACAGCAGCUGCUCAUGCAACGUAUGUCGUGUCUAAAUAUGGGAUUGAAGGAUUUACAGACUGUCUGCGACGAGAGGUUUUAAAACAGGGUAUUAGCGUUCAUUUGUUGGAACCCGGGUACUUCAAGACAGAGAUUGUAAACAUUGAUACCAUAAAGCGAUCGGUCCGGGACAGCUUCAACCAGGCGGACCCAGAGGUACAGCAGUACUACGGGAGCGAAUACGUCCAGAAAAGUAUGCAGUCAGUGUUGAAUUCCAGGAUUGAAGUGAUGAUGGGACACCUGGAUUUCCAAAAGACAGAUCUCGUGGUGGACGCCUACACUCACGCCAUUACAGCCAUGUUCCCUCGCUUACGCUAUCUCGUUGGCUACGACUGUAAAUACAUAUUCAGACCUCUGUGGAAUCUUCCUGAGUGGAUAUUGGAUCGUAUCUUGUCUUUAGGCUUCCUGAAGCCCGAAGGAGUAAAAUGAAGUAUGGAAGCAAAGAAGAGAUUGGUCUGAGGUUGGAGCUCAUUGUUUGAAGGGAAAUACUAUUGUAGGGUUUCGAAUAGGUCUGGGGCUGGGAGUAAUGGUUAUGGCUAGUUCAUGGUCAAAAUAAGAGGAGUGGCGUAAAUAUCAGAACAAGUUCGAGGGGCUAGGACAAAUGUCAGCAGACUAGAACAAGGACUAGAAUUUGGACUUUGUGUUAAAGCGAUAGCUAACACUUUGGGCUGGUCUAGCGCUGGAGGCGGACUGAGAAAUUAAUAGUCCAGAGGUAAACAUAUUGUUAGACCACUAGAACAGAAAUACGUUGAGAAAUACUCGCCUUUCAGAGAUGUACAUAAUGAUGCAGAAACCACAAAUGAUUUUGAGUCUGACAUCGGAAGGAUUCGGUUGCACAUUUCACAAAACGUAUAAGUCAUAUGAAUUUAUUUGAGUUGAUAAUCGAAAAGAAAGUGUGACACGCCGUUCAAUUUGUAUCAUAUGUAACGUUUGCUCUCGAUUAUGUUGUUGCUCUCGAUUAUGUUGUUACUAUACCAUAUGCACGAAUAAUCAUUAUGGUGUUGUCAUUAUGAAACGUCAACUUCUAGUUCCACUGUCCUCCUACAUACUCUGUUCAUAUUUUGGAGAGUGGAGACGAUCCAGAUUUAUUUUUAAUAAACAUUAGUAAAACAAAGAUUCGAAACAAUUAUGCCAGGGAAUGAAGACAUACCAUUAGUAAAUACAAUCACGUUGUGUUAGCUGAUGGAGAGAGGACUUAACACAGUCUGGAGUAAUAGUUUGCAUAGAAGUCUG